GUUGUUGGUCUUAUCUACCUAAGAUGUAACCAAAUAUAAGUGGUAUUUACUAAAUAGAUAACUAAAAAACAUGGAUAUAUUCCAUCAAUAUUUCCAAAAAAUUCAUAGUGCCAGAUUACUUCGUGUAUCAAAACAUCUGGUGUUUUGAAUAUGUUGUGUAAUAUCAAAGCUUGUUUAAUUGCGCAGUUUGAAGCAGAUCAUCUACACCUAUUCGAUCGAUACUAUUGAAUAUCGUGCUCAAGGGAGAAGUAUUUUGCUAACGGCGACUAAUUUAUUAACUUCAAAGUUCACAUGUAUCAAAAAAGUAAACCAUGGGCACUGUUCAGAAAUACAGAUAAAAGCGAGUAUUGCGCAUUAUUCAUGGCAGUUAUUUUCGCUACGAUAGUUGGAGCCUUACUACCCGUUCAUUCUCUUAUACUGAGGGGUGUAGUCAAUGACUUCACCGAGGAAAUUUUUCUCAAAGAAAGCAUCUAUGUAUAUUCUAAAUGGUUUGCUCUUGUGGGUGUUACAGUGUUAUUAUUAGCAUUCGGUCAAGAUUUCUUGAUCAAUUUGUUCACAAUCAGGCAAAUUAACCGAAUUCGUUCGCUGUAUUUCAGAAGCAUUUUACGCCAGGACGUUGCAUGGUUUGAUGAACAGUCAUCUGGAUCACUCAUCAGCAAACUAUCUCAUAACAUUGACAACAUUCAACUAGGGAUGGGUUCAACAUUGACCGAUUUCAUUAAAAACUUGUCUGGAUUCAUAGUAGGUAUUAUAAUCAACUUCGCAGUGGGGUGGAAACUUGCCUUGGUUGCUUGCGCUAUACUGCCCAUCAUCGGUGCAGUUUUUGGGUGCUUUGGGUUUCUGAUGAAAUACUUCACCCGUAAGGAAAUAGUUGCAUACGCACGCGCUGGUGCUGUUGCCGGCGAAGUCCUAGAAGCUAUACGCACCGUUGUUGCGUUCGGUGGAGAGAAAAGGGAGUUGAAAAGAUACCGUGAGCAACUGGGAACGGCAGAAAAAGCUGGGCUGAAGAAAGUAGUGGCAUCAGGUGCAGUUAAUGGGACAAUUGGACUGACUGUGUUUUGUUCUACUGCUCUACUAUUUUGGUAUGGCUUUAAAUUAAUAGUAAAUGAAGAUUAUGACGCUGGAGCUAUUGUGACGAUUUUCGUGAAUGUUCUUCUAGGAAGUGUUUUUCUGGGUAACGCUCUACCAAGUUUUCAAUAUUUUAUGAACGCACAGGAGUCAGCCACUGAAAUUUACAGUAUCAUCGAGCGUGUCCCGGAAAUUGACAAAGACUGUCACGGAAGGCUGAUUCCGAACUUUUCUGGGAACGUCACAUUCAGAAAUGUUUCUUUCGCAUACCCAAGUCGACCAGAUAUUGCAGUUUUAAAGAAUUUUAGUUUAAGCAUCAAAAGUGGGCAAACUGUGGCAUUGGUUGGACCGAGCGGUUCAGGGAAAAGUACCGUUGUUCAUAUGUUGCAAAGAUUUUAUGACCCAAUGAAAGGCGAGGUAUUAGUCGAGGAUGAGGACAUCAAGAAUCUGGACCUGAAAGCUUAUCGUAAUCAGAUAGGCUGUGUACAGCAAGAACCGGUACUUUUCGAAGGAACUAUCAGUGAUAACAUAAGGUUAGGGAAGCUGGAUGCAACUCAAGAUGAGAUAGAAGAAGCUGCAAAGCUUGCCAACGCUCACGGUUUCAUUCAACAACUCCCAGAUGGAUACGACACUUUUGUUGGUGAGCGAGGUGGCAGAAUGUCAGGUGGUCAGAAGCAACGUAUAGCAAUCGCUCGAGCUCUGAUUAGAAAGCCGAAGUUGCUGCUGUUGGAUGAAGCAACGUCCUCACUUGACGCAAAAUCAGAACGUCUUGUCCAAAUGGCUUUGGAUAGAGCGGUUGAGGGGAGGACUGUGGUAGUUGUUGCUCAUCGUCUUACAACAGUUCGUAAUGCGAAUUUGAUAGUCGUGCUUGAUAAGGGAGUGGUUCGCGAAUCUGGGACACACGCUGAACUUGUGGCUGAAAACGGUCUUUAUGCUGCGAUGCUUAGUAAUCAGAGAAUACUGGAAAGUGCUGAGAACGAUGACAGUGAAUUAUUGGAUGAAGGAUCUCGAAAUAAAUAUAUCGUCAGUGGAAAAGAAUUGUUGACGAAAUUAGACGAUAUUUGUAAAAUGGAUAAUGGUGAGGAUAGUGUAUCUGAAACCAUUGGAAAUGUUCCAUACGGGAAUUUUUCCCUUAUUUCAACAAUUUCGAUUCUACGUAAUCAAAGAAAAAAUAUCAAGCUUUCUCCGACAUUAAGGGUUUUAAAACUUAAUAGACCUGAACUACAUCUGAUAGUUUUAGGAUGUAUUUGCUGUGUAAUUAGUGGAACCACUCAACCAGCUUUUGCGAUUCUGUAUACUGAAAUGUAUAGUAUUUUUCCUUUGCGAUCUAAUCCAGAUCUGCUGUUUAGUCGACUCACUGUUGUAUGUGGGAUGAUGGUGGUGAUUGGAAUUCUACGUUUUGUAGCUAAUGUCAGUCAGAGUUUACUUUUUGGAAAAUCAGGCGGUAUAUUAGUUAGUCGCCUACGAUCAAACGUUUUUGAGAGCAUGCUAAAUCAAGAAAUAGGAUGGUUUGAUAAACCGGAGAACCAAGCAGGAGCAUUAACUGCGAAACUGGCCAAUGAUGCUAUGAAAGUGACAAUGAUUUCAGGUUCACAAUUGGGUUUCAUCAUAGAAGCUGUAGCAUUGAUCGCUAUGUCUUUUGUGGUUUCGUUCAUCUACAGUUGGCAACUGACUCUCCUAAUAUUAGCCUUCUAUCCACUUAUUGUCAUUGGAGGAUUUUUCCAGAUGCGAACACUUUCAGGAAGUAGUAAUAUUCGGAAUGCUAAUGAAGCAAUGAGAAUUGCUCAAGAGGUGACUGGCUCAAGCUACACAGUUACUGCAUUUACAUUAGAAGAUUACUUCUUUAAACGUUUUGAAUCUCAUGCAGUUGAAAAUCUGAAGUGAGUUUUGAAAAAAAUACUCGUGACUUAUAUUGGGAUUAUUAAAAAAUUUAUUGUUGGCGUUUACAUCCGGAAAGAAGGAAAAUAUAGCUUUUCCUUAUCAAACUUACACUUUUCUAGCAAAACCGAAUUCAUCGAAUCAUGCGUACGAUCAAUGUGCGGAUCAGCGAAUUUCAAUGUGUAAUUUUACAUUUAUCUAAUUGCUUACAAUUCAUUGUACUUUGUCUAGUAAAUUACCAUUCUAAUUUUUUUAAAACUUACGUCACUCAUUUUCUGGAACAAAGACGUGACAAACUGAUUAACACUGAUAACUUUACGAGUCUAAAAUAACUAGUUUCAAUCGUUUUCCCACUACAAUUUUGUAGAUUGAAGGGUUUCUAAGUUGAGUUUGAUAGAAUCCUUUUUUAAAUGCCUUACCACAUCAAUUUUAUUACAAGAAAAUAAAAACAAACAUUAUACAGGGUAUGUAAAACCACCCUAGCCUACUGAGUAUAUUGUUGGAUGAAAUUAUUUGCAUUAAUGGUAUCCAUUAUUGUGCAAGUUUCUUUAGAGUACGAAAUGUCAUGUGGAUGCUUUGAAAUACACCAAUUUUAUUACUAUGAACAAUACUUAAUAAUAUAACAAUUAUACCUGUGAAUAUUCAUUUGAUUCAGUAUUAUUAUUCUUUCAGUUUGUCUGAAGUUCAUGAUGUAUUCUAAGAUUGAAUACUGAAUGAAAAAAAAACAAUAAUAAUUUAUUUUGCUCAGGACAACUUAUUUUCAAACAAGUUUCCAGAAAAAUGUAAACAUUUCACUAUGAUUUUCAACAAAUAUUCAGUCACUUUUGUAAUGAUUUUGUUGCUUUGUUAUAGUGUCUUAUUUACUUAAAAUGAAGUCAUAUUAUGUUCAGGUGGAGGAUAUUUAUACAUAGUGUGAGAGUAGUUAUUCUAUACUGAUUACUAAUUAUCAUAAACAAAACUUUACAUAAACAUAUAGAAGAGGUGGAUAUUAGCUAUCAGUGGAUAAAGGGACAUGUGUUUAUUUCUAUUUGAGACUAAGUAGUUGUAUGUACUUAUGUACAUUUUCGAGAAUUCGUACUUGACUCAAACUCAUUUCCUGCUGAACUACUGAGUUCAAAUGAAUUUGGACUACUUCGGCGGGAAUAAAGCAUAGUUUAUCUGUAAGGAUUUACAUCUUGCCGAAAUCUGAUUGAUAACCUCAAGUGAAGAUUUUAUGUAUAAAUCUUCUUUUUCUGUUUUUUUCCUAAGAAAUAACUUGAAAACGAUAUUUUUAAAUGCCUUUAUGUACGCUAUUGCAGAAAGUGUAUUGUUGUUCGCAGUAGCUGCCGCGUAUUCACUCGGUGCACACUUGGUUUCAACAAAAGCAAUAACGGUUUUAGCAGUGUUCAGGUAAAUUGUUUCAUCUUCAAUUCAGAUCAGUUACCUUUAUGGAUAUUAGAGUAUUGAAUGUAAUUAUUUCAUGUUUUGUUGAUUUUUAUACUAUAAUUCAGCAGUGCACGAAGGAAGCCCAAAGUAUCCCACUAUUCAGUUAUCACAUAAAUUAUCUUGUCAUUGUGAGUUUCAACGAAAUCACGAAAGUAUGCUAUUCAUUCAACUGAAUGAAUGAAAAAUGAGACUUGAGAUAUGAGUUAUCCUAAUGCAUAACACUUGAUGAAUAUUGGUCCUUAUUCUAGUUUAUGAGACUACUUGCUCACUAAUUCACUGAAAUUUGUAUACAUGCUUAAAUACCAACUCUAACUCCAAACGUUGGUCCGCUUUUUUUAGCCAAGUAUUCACUUUGAGAAAAGGAGUUAGAAGAUUAUGGGUUAUUCCUUUAAUAUCUGUGUACUUCAUGAUUCACAUUCAUUUAAAAUAAAGAAAAAUAACUGAGUAAGAGGCAUGAACUCCUUAACUUCAGUUUAUUGGUUGUUAAUCUACUUCGCUAAUGGUAUCCUGAAGCCAGGAAUAAGUUAACGCCCAAUUGAAAGGCAUUAUAACAGACUUAUUUAGGUUCAUUGCAGACUCAUUUUUAAAAGAGACCAAGUUCUCUCAAUUGUCUACGUGUACCAGAAUCCUCAUACUUAAGUCUGCGAUAUUAUUUUAUUACCUUAAAAUGUUUGAGAUCUGGUAGACUAGACCAGAGUACUAAUCCACUUAAAUUAUUAGACGUAUUAGAAACUUCAUCGACAAAGUAUUACAACUUCUACGAAUCACUCAACAACGUUUAAGCUACUACUCAGCUAAAGAUUCGUUUAAUUAAUUUUCAAGCAACGAAAGUGACCCCAUUAUAUCACUAAAGAGACGAAGAAAAUUCGUCUGAAAAUAUUUCUUUCCGACUAUACUAUUUACCGAAUUAUAUUUGUGGUUAUUUGCUGAUAAUCAAAAGAAAGAGAUCAGAUCACAACGUAUUUUUAAGUUUUCAGUAUGUCAGAAAGGUUGCGAAGUAAUGCAAAUGUUAAAGAAACAUCAUAAAUCACUAGUGAAUAGAAGUAGUUUUAAUGAAUAAGGGAAAUCCCACCAUUUGAACACUUGUCCUUCUAAUGAAUCUUUGUUGUUCUGAUAUUUGCGAUUUGCAAGCUUCUAAACAUUGUUUGUAAUCUGUUGAUCUCACUCUGAUUUGUUUGACGAUGGUAAUAAGAAGCCAAACACGGUUUGCGUUGAAAGAAUUCAUUUCAAGCAUUUGUUUAUCCAGGUGGACAUUCAGAUUAGAAAGCGGGAAAUUGAAGCUAAGCGGAGCGGAGAUAGUGAGUGGGCCAACUUAUUUUAAUAAAGCGUGACUCAAUAUUUGUAGUCAGACAAAAAGUUACAGACACAUAAUGAAUAGGGUGAGCAAUUAACACAUAUGCACUCGUAUGAAAAUAGUCAAGAUUGAUAAGCGAAUAAUUAACAAUGUCCAAAUAUGACUUGAAAAGAGUGGAUAAGUCAGUCUGUAGCUAGAAUAACCCAUAUGGUUUUUACAUGGAACCAAACACCACACACUAUGAAAUAUCAUGCAUGUGAAUUGUGACAUUUUAAAGCCAGAACCAAAUAUGAUCAGGAAUUUUUUAGGUUUCUACAGUGUUUUUCUGUUAUGAAAUCAAAAUGAAUACUUUGUCGAAUAGUUACUCUUUAAAAAAAUGUUAGAAACAAAAUCUUUUGGAUGCAUCUUUUGUUAAAAAAUUAAAAUGAGUUAUAAUUACUAAAAUAGUCUACUAUGAAAUGAUAAACUGUUUAAUACAUAUGAUAAGAUUUAUAAACAAUAUGCUAAUAUUAUAUUGGACGGAUAUUAACAGGCCUAAGUUUCACAUGUGUGUGUAAAUCAAAGAACCGUCACUGGUAAUGAUUCUGAGUACAUCAGAGGUUGCUUUUAGUUUGAAUGCUAAAAGCUCCAAUUAAGAGGUUUAAUCAUAAUAGUUUUCAUCACGAUGUUUAAUUAUUGACCAGUACACUACCUACUGCGAUAAUAUCACUAGCAUUCAUGUAGUAUGUGUGGUUUACAGAAAACUACACUGAACUAAAUCUGAACAUCAAGUUGGAUAACCAAACAUACAUAGCUUCAUUUAAAGAUAUUUUUGGAAAAUGUGACAUGAAUUUUAUUAACCUUAAGGUAACUUUUCAUUUCUCCAGGUUUAGAACACCAUAGAAAAACGUUGAAAUUAUAGUACGAUACAAGGAUGAAGUAUAAAUAGCAUCACUAAACAAUCAUUAGGGUGGUAUACAAAAAAAACUAACUGAAAUGUUUUGUAUUUUAUUUAUGAUCGCACGCAAUUCCUGUUCUACUGCCUUACCACCCAAAAUCCUGGGUAGUGUGUUAAAAAUGUAUAUUUUAAUACCGUAAUCGGAUUAGAAUAUUCCAAUCACUUGGCAAUUACCUAAUUAUGGUAAAUAUCAGUGAAAAUGUGUCAUAGUUUUCAGACGUUUUCCUUGUUAAAUUCCAUAAAUAUUUUAUCAAGCAUUUGUCUCAGAAACUCGAUGCAAUCACUUUGAUUAUAUUAUAUUAUGACAUUUCAAUUAAAAGGGUUUUCGUAACUAUCCAUUUGAGUGCUCAAUCUCUUGGCCGUACAGCUACACUAGUUUUGGGUACUAAAGCAGCAGGUUCAGCUGCGAAAUGUAUUCUUGAAAUUCUAGACAGGAAACCUCUUAUUUCAACUAAUAUAGGGAGUGUACCACGUGAAAAAUUCAAAGGGAAAAUUUCGUUCAAGAACGUUGAUUUCAAAUAUUUUUCUCAAACUGAGAGACGGGUUCUUAAGAACUUUUCACACACUAUUGAGCCUGGUCAAACAGUCGCAUUAGUUGGACCUUCUGGGUGUGGAAAAUCAACACUACUUCAGUUAGUAUUGAGAUUCUACGAUCCAUCAUAUCACGGUCCCGAUAGUGGUGUGUUUUUCGAUGAUAUAAAUAUUAGGGAUAUUGCACCUAGUUGGGUUAGAAAACAGGUUGGUCUUGUUUCACAAGAACCCACUUUAUUCGAUCUCACGAUAAGAGAGAAUAUUGCGUAUGGAGACAAUAGUCGAGAAGUGAAGAUGGAAGAGAUUAUUGAGGCAGCACGUGCAGCUAACAUCCAUGAUUUUAUUACAACACUUCCAGAAGUGAGUGAAAAUAUUCGGUUUGUUAAACUCACUAAAAAUUACGCUUCAGGUUUAUAUUUUCAUUGUAUUGUCAGCUUUCAUGUUAUUCGAAUUGUUAAGAAUAUUUUCAAAUAUAUUAAAUAACUGUUUAUAACUUCCACUGUUUCUAAGCAAUAUGAAACCAAAGUUGGACAACGUGGAUCAAAGCUAUCUGGAGGACAGAAACAAAGGAUAGCCAUUGCACGAGCUUUAGUUCGUAAACCUGCUCUACUUCUGUUGGACGAAGCCACUUCAGCUUUGGACAAUGAGAGUGAGCGGAUAGUUCAAGAAGCCCUUGAUGCUGCUAUGGGGUCGAGAACAUCAUUAGUUGUUGCUCAUCGCUUGUCCACAGUUGUCAAUGCUGAUUUGGUAGUAGUUUUACGGGAUGAACGAAAGAUAGAGUCAGGACCUCCAGCAGCACUGCUCGCUAAGAAAGGAGCUUUCUAUGCUUUGCACCACAUGGAGAGUUAAAUCAUCUCAUCAAACUCAUUCAUCAUUACACAUCAUUUUGGUGUUUUUGAUUUUGGUAUAAAAUUAUUUCAAAUAAUUUGUUUCUUUUAAAACUGAUGCUUGGUAGGGAAUGGGGUAAAUUAAGUUUCGUGUGUUAGAUUAUUUUUAUAUAUUUCCUAAUUUUAAGCCUAAAUUGCUGUUUACAUUAUGAUUUUAAUAAAAUCAAGAUUUUAGCAGUUUUUCCAAUCCUUUUGAGUACUUUUUCAAUUUUUAUAAUUUGAAUCACAGACCUUUCAUUGUCAGAUCAUUAUUUGAAAAUCCGGAAGAACUGGAUGGCAGUUUUGUCCUAAUAUGGGACUCUUCAUUUGUGCUCAUUAAAAAUUCGGUCUCCGAGAUCUAAGUUCUGUUUACUAUUUAUAUUUCCAUAUAAUUAUAAUAGACACAUAUUAGAACGACAUGGCUGUUCAAUACUUCCAGGUUUUCAACAAUUGUCUAAUAAAGGACAUUUUGCAAUUUAAACUUAUAUAUUUUUAAUUAUCAGGAGCAAUUUUAUGACAAAAAAUAAACAUUUACCAGUUUAGUCUCAACACAGUAUAUCAAACUGUACAGGUGCUUUUGAAAAUACAAGUUGUGUACCAUGUAUUCUCUACAACCCUUAUUUCAUAGUUAAUGUUAAACAUACCAAUGACAAAUAGAUUAUAGCUAUUAGAUAUUUAUAGAAUCUCUGGAGUUGACGUUAAAUGCUUGUAACGUUUUGCUGGUCAGUGGGACCUAAGCCUCAGUGAGAUUAUCAAAACUAUCUGAAAUAAUUAAGGUCAGAAAUAAGUCUGAACUACACAUCUGUUGGGACACGCUCACUGUCGACUUCUGUUCAGGUUAUGAAUAGAAGGAAUUCAUUGUGAAUUAUUUUCAAAUAUUGAUGCAUAGUGUUUUUUGUCAGUGUUUGUAUUCUACACCUAUGAAAUUUCACUGAACAUUUGACGUCUUAGUUUAUAGUCAGGAUAGUACUCGACUUUCUUGUCAUAAUGAAACUACGCUUCGGACUUUGGUAAUUAUGUUGUGGUGUUUCAUUGUUUUUACAGAUGGCAAAGAGAAGGUAAUAGCUUUGAUAGCAUUCACAACAUAGGGACAUAAAUAAAAUCAGAAGUGUAAGCGGAAAUGUUUGCGACCCAAAUGUUUUUUCUAAGUAAAGUAUACCUUGCUUACUAACCAUAAACUUUUACAUCCUAACUUUAUUUUUAUGAUGGGUAAGUUAAUUUACAUCACAAAACGUCUCUAAAGAUGGCCUCUUUUUGAAUUGUAUCUUAAAUGUCCAAUGUAAAUGUAAGUUUUGCCAUGUAGGUGUUUUAUUGCUUUUGAAAACGUGAACCGACUUGUCUUACCUCAACAGAACUACAACAAGAUGUAAUGAAAUCCAUAGGUCACAGCUACUGUUAUGGAGUAAAUUAAAUGAGUAUAUCGUAAAACUAGUGUGCUGAUGAAAUAAUUAUUUUAAAGCCUCAAACAAACAGAGAAAGCUGAACAGAAUUUUUAGUCAAUUUCUACUAACACACAAUCUCAUUCAUGUUGACUUACUACAAUUGUUUCUCAGCAACAAAUACCGACGCCCAAAAAUAUAAGUACUUACUCAUAAAC